UCAAGUAACCUGCCCAAGGUCACACAGCUUGCACGUGUUAAAGCGGGGGACUGGAAGCUAGCAGUCUUGGGUUCAGGGUCGGCCAUGGUGCUCCUCCUCCCAGAUGUGAUGUGUAGAGCUCCUGGGUGGGCGGGGAGGGGUGGGGGGUGAAGGGGAGGGAGGGCCUGGGAAUUUCCUGUGGGCUCCUUGUGGAGAGCAGCACUCUUCACCUGUCUGCACCCCUUAGGACCAGGGCUACUACUGCAGCUGCAGGAACAUGAAUCUUCCCUCAUUUCCUCUUCCCUCAUACCCAUCCCCCACCCCCUAAACAAGUUAGCUCUCAGAUUCAGGAUCUGGAAAGCCCCGUGUGAAUGGCCGUGCAGGAGGAAGCUGGAUCCAGGAGCUGAUCACAAGGAGAUAAGUUAGGUCCAUCCAUCUUUAGUCCCCCUCACUGAGCAUUGGCUGGCCCGUGCUCUGCACCCAGCUUGAGAGGCGGUGGAGAAACGAGACGUGGUCCAGAGUUCAGGGGCUGCCAGCAUCUCAAGGGAGGCAGCUGGUGCAGGCCAAGCAAGGCAGCAGCUUCAGACAGUCAUCAGGACUGAGACCUGGGUUCCAGCCCUGGCUCCCUCCCAGGGUACCUCCACCUUCCCCAGACUGGACCUGGCCCCUGUUAGAUGGGGGAGGAGACCCCUCAGCAUCCAUUCUCCUUAGCUACCCUCUUUUCUGCCCAGCUACCCGCCUGGGGCCUGGCCUCUCUGGGCCUUGCUGGGCCCCAAGCCCCUCCGCAUGCCUCUCUUAGCAUCCCCAGGUAACGAAGUUAAGACAAGAAAGCCAAAGAAAUAAAGGCUACCUUCAUAUAGCCCUUCACAAUUUACAACCUGUUGGUUUUUUGUUUUUUUUAAUUUUUAUUUUUUACUACAACUUUUAUUUCCAUGUUUUGUAGUUUAAAACCUAGAGCGAUUCAUCCCCAUCUUGCCAGUGAGGACACCAGGGAGUCCGGAGCGCUGGGUCAGAGAUAUGAGGAUGAAAUGAGACAGUGCAAAGUGCCUGAAUCAGUGCUGGGGACAGCCUGGCACUCAGCUUCCUCUCCCUUCUGGAAAUCCAGACACCUAGGCUUUAGAGAAAUUUGCAAAAAUUCUCUGCAACUUUGUGCAAGCUCUUUUACUUUUUUGGACCUGGGCUGGUUGAACUUAACUUUUUUCUCUUUUGGCUGCACUGUGAGGCCUGUGGGAUCUUAGUUCCUCAACCAGAAACCAAACCUAUGCCAUCUGCACUGGGAAGGAAGGUGGUCCACUGGACCACCAAGGAAGUCACUGAUCUCAGAUUUUUCUAUCAUUCAUUUAUCCAGUCUUUUACCAUCCAACAAACAUUUCUGAAGCUCCUUUCUUAGGCCUGGUACCACCUUAGCACUGGAAAUCCAAAUGAUGGGCCGCAUAGAGCUGGAGCCUGCUCCUAGCCCUCAGGCUCAGGAAGGAUGGUGCUAAAUGAGUAGUUAAUGGGGGCUGAGUGCUCAAAGGAUAAGCUGUCAGCCUGACUUUGACUGAGUGUGUGGUUUAGGGAUGGCCUCCUUGAUAUUUUAAGCCAACACCCACAAAUGAGCUGGAGGUGGCCUAGUAAAACUGUGGAGGGAAGAGUGUUGCCAUGGCAACAGCCAGGUGUAGGAGCCCAGAGAUGGGAGACAAGAUAUUUGAGCUUCGAGGCUCAAAGUGUGUUCUGUGGACCAGCAGUCUGGGCAUCACUGGGGAGCUUGGUAGGUGUCUUGGGCCCCACCCCAGAUCUGCUGAGCAGAACUUGCAUUAGGACAGUUCCUGGCUGGUUUGUGUGCACACUGAUGUUGGAGAAACAGGAGUGGAUGGAAGCUAGAUAUUGAGGGAGAGAGGGACUCCAGCUGAGAUGGCAAAGUUUGCUGGGCCUGGUCCUACAAGACCUCACAGACUAUGGGCAGGCAUUUGGUUUGGAUUCUCAGGACUAAAGCCAGGGAUAUUUUGAAUUUUUAAUAGAGGUAAGUAACACAAUCAGGUAUAGAUGAAUGGACUUGGAGGGGAGCAGGGCUGCAAGUAUAAAACAGAAGAGAUCCCUCUGAUGCCAAAUAUCUGAUGGAUCAGGCGCUCAUAGCAACUCCACCCAGGCUUUUUACUCCACUCCUUGGUCAGACAGCCUGGCCUGCUCUUGCCAGCCUGCUUCUCACUCAAAGUCCUUGACUCCCUCCUGGACUGAACUCUCCCAAAAGGUAUCACAUAGUCACCUGAGGAGUUAACCGUAUGCAUUUAAAAGACAAAAAUAAUCACAAUGCUCAGUGCUCUUAAGGGUGCCCAGAGAUGGACCAGCUUAUGUACUUCUGGCAGGCAUAUGAGUCACAAGAAUUUUUCUAGACAGUAAUUUGAUAAUAUGGGCUUUAAAAAUGAUACUGCAAAAAAUAAAUAAAUAAAUAAAUAAAUAAAAACGAUACUGCAGCCUUCCCUGGUGGUAUAAUGAAGGCUGAAGGUAGAAGAACUUAUGCUUUCAAACUGUGGUGCUGGAGAAGACUCUUGAGAAACCCUUGGACUGCAGGGAGAUCAAACCAGACAAUCCUAAAGGAAAUCAACCCUGAAUAUUCACUGGAAGGACUGAAGCUGAAGCUCCAAUACUUUGGCCACUGGAUGAGAGAGCCUGCUUAUUGGAAACGACCCUGAUGCUAGGAAAGAUUGAGGGCCAGAGGAGAAAGAGGCAACAGAGGAUGAGAUGGUUAGACGGCAUCACUGACUCAAUGGACAUGAGUUUAAGCAAACUCUGGGAGAUACUGACGGAGACAAAAUCUUGGCAUGCUGCAGUCCAUGGAGUCACAAAGGUCGACACAUGACUUAGCAACUGAACAACGAGAGUGGAUAAGAAUCCAUUGGAUCCAGGGUUUAGGAAGGAAGAUCCCACAUGCUUUGGGGCAACUAGGCCCAUGUGCUACAACCACCGAGCCUGUGAGCUUUUGGACUCGCAAGUUGGGACUCACUGCUCCACAAGAGAAGCUGCUGCAAUGAGAACCCUGGGCACAGCAAUGAAGAGUACCCCUGCUUGCCAGAACUAGAGAAAACCUGCUCCCAGCAACCAGAAAUAAAUAAUUAAAAAACAAACAAAAAAACGACCUUGCAUGGCCCUGACUAAAGUUCCUCAAGUCAGGAUAGAAAAUAAUCAGAAAAAUCAGAAAAAAAAUAUGGAUCCUUAUUUGUUAGUAGCAAAAGUUUAGAGACUACUGAAAUGUCUCAGGAAAGGUCGGGGAGUAGCUAACCGCAACAGGGUGACCACCCUCAAUCAGGGCUUUUGUAGCUUUUUUAGUGAAACAGAAAAGAUUAUAAAUACUGAGUGGCUUCAACUGUGUAAAAAUUAUACAUAAAAAUGAGUGGAAAUGUGGGUGAAUAUUUCCCUUUCUGCUUUUCUGUAUUUUCCAAAUACUCUAUAAUAAGUGUGUAAUACCUUGAUGAUGAGAAAAAUUGCUUUAAAAAGUUUGUCUGUCCAAUGCAACAGGUGACGUCAUGGUCCUGGAGGUAGACAUCACAAUAGAAGGGCUCGGCACAGUCAAUGAGACCGGAGUCCCCAUCAUGGCGCACCCCCCAGCCAUCUACAGCGACAACACCCUGGAGCAGUGGUUGGAUGCUGUGCUGGCCUCUUCCCAGAAGGGCAUCAAACUAGACUUCAAGAGCAUCAAGGCUGUGGGCCCCUCCCUGGACCUGCUUCGGCGGCUGACAGAGGAGGGGAAAGUUCAAAGGCCUGUGUGGAUCAAUGCCGACAUCCUGAGGGGUCCCAACAUGGUCAGAUCAACAGAGGUCAAUGCCACACAGUUCCUGGCCUUGGUCCAGGAGAAGUAUCCCAAGACAACCCUGUCUCCAGGCUGGACUACCCUAUACCUGCCCUUGUUCCCAAAUGGGACAUAUACCCAGACCAUGAUGGAGAAGAUGCAGGAGCUGGUGGGAGCACUGCCCCAGAAGGUGACCUUCCCCGUGCGGGCUGUCAUGGUCAGGGCUGCCUGGCCCCAAUUCAGCUGGCUGCUUGGCCAAUCUGACAGGUAUAGCCUGACAAUGUGGCAGUCCACCUCGGACCCCGUGUCAGUGGACGACCUCCUCUACAUCCGGGACAACACCGCCACCCACCAAGUCUACUAUGACCUCUUUGAACCUCUCCUGUCGCAGUUCAAGCAGCUCGCCAUGAAUACUUCACGGAAGCAAAGCUACUACACCGGGGGCAGCCUGAUCCCUGCUCUCCAGCACCCUGGGGACGAGGGUCUGAGCGUGGAGUGGCUGGUUCCUGACAUCCAGGGCAAUGGAAGCACAGCAACAGUGCGGCUCCCAGACCAAGAAGGCAUGAUCCUGCUGAACGUGGGCCUCCAGAAGCCUGCAGCUGGAGACCCCGUGCCCAUCGUCCGCACCCCAGAUGGCCGUGCCCUGACGCUGGAGUCCUGCCUGCAGCAGCUGGCCACGCACCCCGGACGCUGGGGGGUCCACGUGCACAUAGCAGAGCCCGCCGCCCUCCGGCCGUCCCUGGCCACGCUGGCCAUCCUCUCCACCCUUGGCCGCCUGUCUAGGCCCGUGUGGGUCGGGGCCACAGUCUCCCACGGGAGUUUCAUGGUCCCUGGCUACAUGACUGGCAGGGAGUUGCUUACAGCUGUGGCCAAGGUGUUCCCCCACGUGACAGUGGCCCCAGGCUGGCCCGAGGAAGUGCUGGGCAGUGGCUACAGGGAACAGCUGCUCACAGAUAUGCUGGAGCUGUGCCAGGGCCUCUGGCAACCCGUGUCCUUCCAGCUGCAGGCUGGACCUCUGGGCCAGAGCCCCGCUGGAGUCGUGGCCCGCCUGCUGGCAGCCUCCCCCCGGGCCACGGUCACGGUGGAACACAGCCCUGGCCGGGGCCACGAUGCAUCUGUGCGGGCAGUGCUGCUGGCAGCCAGGGCCGUGGAGAAGACCCGAGUCUACUACAGGCUACCCCAGAGCUACCGCCAAGAAUUGCAGGCAGAUAUUGGCAGACACUGAGCACCCAGGGGUGCUGGCCCGGUGGACCCCAGCUUCCCUCGGGGGAGGCAGGAAGGAAUAAAUGCCUCUGCUUCCUCAGUGCACUGCACGCAUGUACUUGGGGCAGGAUGGAGUGGGAAUGGACGUGAGGUGGCC